AUGGAGUGGCAGCUUCUGGCAUUUGCCAUUUGCCUCAGUUUGGCUACCUCGAUUUCGGCAGACUGUUCCGCUCAGUGCUCCGCAUGUGCUCUUCACAGCCAGGAUGUGGAGAAGCUGGUCAGCCCCUUGGUAAGUUGCAGCCCAGUCAAGACUUGGCUACCCUUGCCCACCUGAAUCCUAAUCCGAUCUGGGAUGCUGUUUAUGCAAGCAAAACAUACAUGCAAGCAUAAUUUUGUUGGUAACCUAUCUUGGUCUCAGACCUGUGGGAAUGUUCAGGGUGGCAGGAGAGGAUAUACUGUUUAUUAAUAUCCUUCCUAACUUGCGCAAGCAAGUUCCUUUACGUAGCAGAGCGCAUUCCCCUUUACACAGAAGAAAACUAGUUGCAAACUCGUGUGAGUUUCUUAAGACAAUACGCAAUUCCAUCUGGCUUGUCCAGAUUGAAAUGUCUUCUAAUACAUUCCUGGUAAGACCCCUUGAAUCUCUCCUAAAAGAAUAAAGACACCACAGUCUUAUUCAUAAGCAAGAAAAAGAAAGUUUACUCACGAUCAGGCAGAGCGCAGUGUGAUCUCUGAAGGCAGGCUUUAGGCUUAAAGUUUCAAACAUAUACUUAGAGUGUUAAAAUCGAAAUGUAGAAAUAUGGAAAUAACAACAAGAGGCAGGAUUGAGAUUUGGAAUUAUGCUUCAAGGUCCAGACUAUGGGAAGUCCCAAAAAUUAAUAAUUACAAUUUGGAAGAUAAUUCAAUCUUUUUUAUUUUAGUUUUUUUUAUUUUUAUUGGAUUUUGAUUUGAUAUGUUAAUUGGAUUUUUUUUAUUGGAAAAUUAUUAAAAACAAUUUAACAGAAAAUAAAGUUUCAAACAUAUACAUACAGGUUUACCCCAUAAGAGAGAUUUGCCUAGUGACUGCAGGCUAGCAGUCCAGCAGUUCACAGGACGAAAGGAAGAUGGAAAAGAAGGGAGUGGCAGCAUGCCUUGUCCUUUUGUGACCUGGUCUGGAAAGGUCACGCCCACCCACUAGUCACAUGCAAGAGGAAGGAUGCUCCAGGCCAGGAGGAACAGGAAGUUUCGACUGGCUGGACCAAACAUUCCCUUGCAUGUCCACUCUAGGGAAACAAGAAAUGUUGUACUUGACUGCUCCCUGUGGAUUACAUCGCACGAGACCCACCUCUCCUGUGUCUAUGGAGAGGAUACCUACAUUUAACAUCAGCUGAUCCAUCCCCCGGCCAAUCACCUUCCAACACCCCACUGUCUCUCAUCUCUCAUCCAACCGCAGUCCUUCAAAGACAACUUUACUCCACCCAUUGUUACUGGAUGUGCAGAGCUCUCCUUGUAUACCUUAACUGGAGUUGUUUUUCACUCUACCAUUCAGCUGUUAGAUUCCUCCUAAACUGGUUCUUACCAGUUUUACGACCGAACCUCCCUUUUGCAUACACAAUGCUGACACUCACUGAUAAUGGGUUUUACAGAAUUUCUAUCUCUGGGCCACGGAGGGAAUGUUGACCAGAUUGCCCCUUUCGUUGGUGUCUUACAGAUAUGCUCCCUGGAGUGCCAAGGCUCCUUGCUGUCCAGCGCUGAGUGGGAGAAGUGCAAGAAAGCGCUGUCCUUCCUCGCCCCUUUCCUGAUUGAGGGGGAGCCCGACAGACCAUCCCAGGGGGAUGAAGAGGAGGAGACCGAACAGGAAGGUGACCCUAGACCCAGGGAGGUGUACACUGGGCCGGCCAAACGUUAUGGAGGCUUCAUGAAAAAGCUGGACAAGAACAAGAUCUUUUCUCUCCUCCGCGAGAACGCCCUUGCCAAGGGGAACGUGGCAAAGAAGUACGGUGGAUUCUUCCGGAAGGUGGGGGAGAGGGCAGCCUCUGAGGUGGGCGCUGAGGAGGAAUACCCGGCGGCUCUGGAGACCGGGGACUUGGCCUACAAUGGGGAAGAGUCGGAUGCGGGGUUGCUCAAGGAUGAGGUGAAACGCUACGGGGGUUUCCUCCGCAAGUACCCCAAGCGAGGUUCAGACACGGCGGUCGGCGAGGAGGGCAGGCAAGAGCUGGGGGACCUGCGCAAGCGCUAUGGGGGCUUCAUGCGCAGGAUCCGACCCAAGCUGAAGUGGGACAAUCAGAAGCGCUACGGAGGGUUCCUGAGGCGCCAGUUCAAGGUGACCACCAGGUCGGAGGAAGAGCCCAACGCCUACUCAGAGGAGGCCUAUGACUUAUAG